AUGUCUAGCCCUCCGUCCACGUGCACCACAGAACCUGCAAACCUCCACUGGUCCAGACAAGAUACAGUACGGUUAAUUGACCUUUAUCGCCAUUACCCUUGCCUAUGGAAUGUUAAAAGUGACAUGUACAAAGAUAGAGACAAACGUGCAGCAGCACUCAAGGGAAUUGCAGAGGAGAUAAGGAAGAUUACUGCCUCCAUUACCACAAGGGAUAUAAAGCGGAAAAUAGAGACACUACGAAAUCAACAUAGACGUGAAAUGAAACUGGUACAUAAAUCACAGAAGUCAGGAGCUGGGACAGACGAAAUUUACAGGCCAAAAUUAUGGUGCUUUAAUGACCUGUCAUUUCUGAAUGACAGUGACACAAUCAAAGCAUCUGUGUCAAACCUGGUUGCCGGUACCAAUCACACGACUGAAGAUGUGGCUACGGAGUUAUGUUCUGAUCAUGAGGUAAGUAAUCUUCCUUGA